AUGGAAGCAGCUCCUCAGUCCAAGGUUACGGGAAUACAUCCAGAAUGCAAAAUAUUCCAGCAGGUGGUCAAAGAGGAGGCUCUUUGCUCAGCACACAACGAAUCUGCCUCACCUGAUCUUAAAGGAUGUGCCAGAGAUUGGGAUGGUUUAACCUGCUGGCCCAGAGCCACUUUUGGGGAAGUGGUUAAAAUUCCCUGCCCACAAUUUUUUGAAGGAUUCACCAGUACCCACGGUUUCCUUCAGAGGAAUUGCACACAGGAGGAAUAUUGGUCAGAGCCAUUCCCACCAUACACCAUUGCCUGUGGGUUUGAUGAAGGUUCCACCAAAGGACCUGAGGAUCAGAAAUCCUAUUAUUCUGCAUUUUGGUGUGUCUACACUGCUGGCUAUGCAGCAUCUGUGACUUCACUCAUUACAGCUCUAAUUGUCUUUGCUGCCUUCAGAAAAUUCCACUGCACACGGAAUUACAUCCACAUGCAUCUGUUUGUCUCCUUCAUCUUGAGAGCAGUUGCUGUUUUCACCAAAGAUGCUGUUCUGUUCGCAGAUGAAACUAUGGACCACUGCCUCAUGUCGACGGUUGCUUGUAAGGCUGCUGUGGCCUUCUUCCAAUUCAGUAUUUUAGCCAAUUUCUUCUGGCUUCUCAUCGAAGGGAUCUACCUGCAAACCCUGCUGCUGCUGACCUUUGUUUCCAACAAGAAGUUUGUGUGGUGGUUCAUAUUUACUGGCUGGGGAGCUCCCACUGCUGUGAUGUUUGCUUGGGUCCUCACACGAAUCCACCAGCAGAACACUGGAUGUUGGGAUGAUGAUGAAAAUGGAGUGGUGUUAUGGAUUAUCAAAGGCCCCAUCCUGCUGACUGUAUUAAUUAACUUUAUUAUAUUCAUUAAUGUGAUCAGAAUUCUAGUCCAUAAAUUGAAAUCCCAAGAGGGAGGAGGGAAACAUUCAAGCCACUUUGUACGACUUGCAAAAUCCACGUUGCUUUUGAUCCCCCUCUUUGGGGUGCACUACAUUGUAUUUGCAUUUUUCCCAGAGAGCACUGGUCUGGAAGCUCGGCUUUAUAUCGAGCUGGGCCUGGGUUCAUUUCAGGGUUUUGUUGUUGCUCUCCUAUAUUGCUUCUCAAAUGCAGAGGUUCAGGCUGAGCUGAAGAAACAACUGUGCAAGUGGCAGCACCAGGAAUACCUGAGCUUCACCCACAAGCACGGGGCUUUGUCCAGGGAAACCAGCCCAGUCAACUACGUCACUCAGCUUUCCCUGCUGGACAAAAUCAGCCCCAAAAGGAGAACCUCUGUGCUCCAGGAUGGUGUCACCACUGUCUGA